CUACAGAUUUGAGGACUUUCAUCCACUCACGUCACUGAAGGCUCAGCUCCCCUGUAUAUAUUUACUGCUGUUGUUGGGCAACUGGUACAUUCCAUUCUCCUUGUGUUGCAUCACAAAUGGCAGCAAUGAAGUCGGCACAAGCAGAACUGAAACGAGGUUGAUUUAUAAUGAGUUUUAUGGUGUGACUGGUGGUUGGGUGGUAACUUUUCACUCAGUGGCCUUGGUGCCUUUGUGCAUUCCUUCCUGUGUGCUUUCCAGGUACUGUGUGUAAUGAUGGUCACAGGAACAAGAUCCCACUUCCAACAUUUGUAUCGACUGCCUUAGGAGCAAGCUCUACUGGGAAAUCAUCAAGAGGCUGCAGGCUUUGAAUUCAGCUGUGGGUGCCUCCAGACUGCCACUAUUUUGCAGGAGUGUUUCAAGCAAGUACUGUACUAUAAAUUUUGGUUUGUGCAAUCAAAGGGGAUUUAAGUGCUCAGUUGCAUGGGCAUAGCCGGGGAGGGGGGCAGGGGACAGCUGGCCCCCAAUGAAUGAAUAAGCAAAUGUUAUAUAACUUCCCUGAAAACAAAUAAAAACAAAUGCUCAAUAAAGACCGGGUAUAGUAUAACCUCUGUGUAAGCUUUGCAUACAAAGAUCAGGAUGAAUGCUCCAUAAGUAAAGUUGUUUAGGGGAGCUCAGUGUCCUAUAGCUAAAAUGUGACCAAGCCAUAGCUGCCAAGUUUUCCCUUUUCUCGCGAGGAAGCCUAUUCAGCAUAAGGGAAAAUCCCUUUUAAAAAGGGAUAACUUGGCAGCUAUGGACCAAGCUGCUAGCAAAUUACAACUGUGGAAUGAAUAUUAGCAGGAUUAUACAUAUAGGUGCCCUUUGCUGGUAAUAUGUGUUAAAAGUUUCCUGCACUUAAGGCACAGAUAGGACACUAACAAAUUGUUUGGUUUGGCCCAAGGAGUCUUCCAUUUCUGUUCCAGUCACUGGCCAUUAGCAUCCUAGGCAGGAAAGGUUUGUGAGUUUAUGCUGGCAGCAGUACAGAAAGCAUUCAUUGUCAGUUCCUGAGCAGUGUUUUGAUUAUAAAUUAAUCUCUUGAGAUAUGUUGGUGGCUGCAAAUGGUUAAUGAGUAUUAUAAUACUACCUCCUUCUUUUCCUUGUCCAAAGGCCAGUUGCGUCCCUGAGCCUAUAAAACUCUGAAGGAGCGCUGGAGCAGACCUACCCAACACUUGAGGCUGAGGCAAACGGCAAAGAUGUCCAAUAACAUCUUUUCAUUUCUCCGCUUGCUUGUGCUCCUGCUGGGCUUUGCCUUCAUCUGCCUAGGAGCCUAUUGCUUCUCUACAAGUGCCUCUGCUUGCAAGUGCAAUAGUUUGCCUAUUGCCUACCUCCUUUUACCCUUGGGUUUCUUUUUUCUCAUAUCUGGGAUUUUCUGGAGCACUUAUCAUGAAGCUAGCAAGCACAAGGGCUUAUUCCACAGCCUUCUGCAUGGAAGUCCCAGACUUCAAGAGAGUCAUAUUAGUACCAUAGACAGGCCAGACUUCUACCCACCGUCAUACGAAGAUAGCACUGAUCCCGAAAAGCAGACUUUUGCACUGCCCAUCUGCCCGCAGGAGCGAGUCAAGGACAUGUACAACAGACCUCCACCUCUUUACACAGAGAGCAGCCUGGAAUUUCUGGAGGAAGCCAGCCCUCAGGGACAGCAGCCGCCUUCCUAUGAAGUCUCCAUGCGGCAGGCUGCAGAACAUGACUUGACCACUCAUGAAGAGCCUUGCUGGGCAUCCGUGUCACAGGCCAGCUGCUGAGGGAACAGCCUGCCAGAGGACGUGAGGCGGAGAUAAGCCGUGCCUGCUAUUUUGGGAGAGCGGCUGGGGUUAGUGCGCAGGAUGGAGGUGAAGAGAAGCAAGCACUCUUCUAGCAAUGGGCACUCGGAGAAGACAGUCUUGCUGUGACUGACAGAAAGCUCUGGGUGAAGUUGCUGAAGUUUUAAACAAUGUUGCUGAGUCCAGUCCAGUAUUGCGGGCUAGCAGCAAUAACUGGAUAUGUUUGUUUACAUUGUUGUAGCUUUAUUCUGCCUGUGUUAGGGUCAGGCCUUGCUGUCAUUUCAUAUCCUGUAAAGAUCAACAGUAGCAGGAGGAAGUGCCUGUCAGAGGGAGGGGCCUUCUCAAAAGAAUGACUGAAGAAACCCACAGGCAAAGCACCGUUGAAUGAGGCAUGAAUGCAUGGAGAGAGAGAGAGAGAGAGAGAGAGAGAGAAAUAAGCUCGGCUGCUGCUCUGGGGAAAGGGCAUUUGGAUCAAGAAGUCAACCAGCAGUUUCCAAUUAUGCAAUUUUCCUACACCUGUUUAUCCAGUGCAACUGCCUCUCAGAAAUGGGGGAGGCAGCAGAGGGGCUCCCUAAACAGAAAUGACAGCACAUGGGUUUAAACGGCCAGUUGGAGGAUGAAGGCUAUGGGCACUUGCACUGCAAGAGAAAUUGCAUUCAUGCACCCUAGGUCCAUAUGCAAUAUUUUAAAUCACAUUUCUUUUUUUGCAUCUCCAGUGAAGUUUUGACAUCAACUUUGUUAUGUAUUGGUUUAAAUUGUGUACAUGAAUCUCACUGUUAAGUUCUGUAACUACCUUUCCCGCUCCAGGAGGAUUCAAACGGGUGUGGGGACAGUUGCUGCUAUUGGUUAACUUGUUAGUACAAUUUGGAUCCCUACUAUGAUUGGGUCCCACCAAAAUCUAAAUGUAUCCUUUCCCCAACUCCUGUUCCUGAGAGUAUAAAAGAAGCUCGUCCUUUCCCUCCACCCCAGUUCAGUCCUACUGCAAUAAAGAAGACUGUUCUUGUCAGGCCGGACUACUACCGUGUUUCUCCAAAAAUAAGACACCGUCUUAUAUUUAUUUUUCCUCCAAAAAAACCCCCACGGUGGCUUAUUUUCAGGGGAUGUCUUAUUUUUUUUUAUAUUAAGUAUGGUACAGUUUAACCUACACGGUUAAACUGCCUAUCACUGUGGCUUAUUUUCGGGGUAUGGCUUAUUUUCGGGGUAUGGCUUAUAUUCGGAGAAACACGGUAGCAUAUCUUUGCUAGCAUGCUGAAUCACUACACAGAGCUGAUCACUCAAGAGCUGAACUCUGCACCCACGACUUAGCAAACUUAAUAGAAAAUAACCAUUGCUAACUUUGGAGGAUGAUCAAUAAACCACAGUUAGCUUUUAUUUGUUAUUUUACCAUGAUGUACUGUUACUGAGGUAACUGGUUUACAUAAUGUUUAAUAUUGCAUUGCAUUUUUGUUUUUCUUACAAUAAAUUUUGUACAUGAAAACUCUUUAAAGAAAAGUGGCAUUUGUUUGAUUGUUGCAAACAAGAAUUUGCUCUGUCUCAUGGACAGCCAAAAACCAUGAGACAGUGAGUGAAAAAAUAGUUCAAAAUAUUUAUUUCUGCACAGAAGUUUAAAUUUCCUAUCCAAUCAAAGUACGUACUCAGUUCCUGUUACACCAUUUCCUUAUAAGGCACUUAACCCUGUGGUUGCUCUACAGUGGGAAGCAUGCAUACUAGAUACCAUUUUAGACAAAGGAGCUUCCUUGUGGUCUGCUAGAAUUUUAUUGCAGGAUUAGAUUUCACCUCCAGUUACUGACCACAUUCCUUCUGAGCAUGCUCAGUAAGUCGAAACCUUAUAUGGUGCGAUUAUUUAUAAUUCAACUUCAUGAUGAAAGGAAAUUUAGCAGAAUAAAGAAAUUCCGCAAAGCCCUUUAGCAGAAUGUCUUCAUAGGCAUUCCUGAAUCUUCCUGCAUCUUUCAUCUUAUCACUAUGCAAGAGUUCCAGCCCAGCCAACCCUCUUCCAAAACUACAUGCAUCAAGGCAAAAUGUCCAGGGAACCAAUAGCUUGUCAAUAUUUCAAAAGAUUCCCAAGCAGAAUAAUACAGGUAGACUUCUUAGUUUGGAGGCUUUUCCUUGAGUUCCAACAUCAUUACACAAGGUCCCUGGUUCAGGGAGUAAAAAUAAAUAGGUUUGUAAGACUGUAAAUACUUGACAAAACAUAGGUCUAUGGCUAGCAGCUGAUAGACUGUACAAUAAUAACCUUAUAAACCCUUAUGUACAUGGAAAUGCAAACUUAGGGCUCAUCCAGGCUUCCUUUUGUGACACUUUCCUAGGCACAAGCCUGGCCUUUAAAGCUCUGUGUUGGAGUGUUGGUAUUUUUGGUCCUGCCGCUUUCCUUGGGAAAACCCACAUUUUACCGCUGAAUUGGAACAAGCAGCAAACAGCGUUUCCACUUGUAAGAGCAAACCCGUGCCUGGAAGGAAGUUGGGUGAGCCUGCAGGGUGUAACACAAAAGGUCCCUGGCUCAGUGGGACAGCAAAUGGUUUGGAUGCAUGAGGCCCAUGAGGCCAGCACAUCAGCUCUGCAUCCGUGUGCUCUUAAGCACAGGGCUAUUUUUUAAAGUGCCCCUUUGCCCCUUACUAUGGGGCUUUAAGUUAGCAGUGUUUACACAGACUCAGUGUAAUAAUGCUGGGCUAGAAGGACAACAAUCUGCUUCAUUAGAAGGCAGUUUGCUAUGUUCCUAGAUUUGUCUCAUAAGUUCCUAUAGCAGUGAGCAGUCAGGUUAGCCUUGUGACAGCACUGUAAAUUAAGAGUAAAUGCAAUGCUCCAGAAAUCCAUGAGCAAAUCCCCCAACCUCUUAUGCUAUAUGAACAUUUAAAUUCAUUCUCAUACCAGGAAGCAGCUAAAAUGUGAUACUGGGCAGACCUGUUGUCCAUUGCCCAGGCCAGGCGGGUCUAGUAGGAGCUGUGGCUUUAGCAGUGAAGCUGCUCAGACUGGGAGCUUAUAUAGGAGCUGGAGGCUCCACUCCACCUUUCUUGUCUUUUAGCCAGGCCCUGAUCCAAGCAAGUGUCUCCAUGUGCUUUCCUCUCCUCCUAAGCAACUAAGCUAGGCACUUGGUGAUGGCUCUGAAGUUCCUGCCUGGCUCACUAUCCCAUCUGCUCCUGUGGCACUUGAGAGAGGGAUGUGUGUCUGAGAGCCAGCCAGGUACCCAGGCAACUUAGAUGGGAUUCAAGGUCUGGGCAGAGAUGAAUCUUGACAACUUCAACAUGUCCAAGGAGUCUUUGGAUUAUGCGUUUAGAAUUGCAUGCUCCUCUUUCCCAACUUUCUCACACUGCAUGAAAAACCAUUUCUCAUACAGAGGGGAAUUUAAACAGCAGCUUCGAGUGUGGUUUGAAUGCCUGUUAUUCAGAGGAAAUAAAAAUAAUGAUCAAGUGGGUGCCUGUUCCUAAAGCUGGUCCUCCCCCC